AUGGCAGACAGCAAGCGCCAGAAUCAGGGAGGGAAAGCUACAGCACAAGGACCGGGCGGUGUUACCAGUCAGGGAAUGGCGGGUGCGAUGGUACCUCUGGAAGUGGCCUUGAGCGGUGCAAUCGGCGCACGCGUCCGCAUCAGCACCAGCCCCGUUUCGUCCACGAUCGAAGGCACUCUCUUCACGGCCUGCCCGAUCACAAACCUCGUCGCUAUCAACGCCGCAGGUGGUAAACAAGCACAGGCCGGGGACUACCACAUAAUCCCCAUCUCGCGAAUACAGUCAUUCCAGAUCGUCUCACUCGCUCAAAACAACGAAUCGACAUCGUUCGCCGAUGCCGUCCCAUCGUUACACGCACUGGAUAUCCGCGCUCUAAAGGCCCGAGAGGCGAAUGCCGUCGGAAAACUCCAGGAGAGCGAAGCACGCCGCGGCAAAGGGGUCACGCGCGAGGCGCAGGAUAUCUUCGAUGCCUUUAGCCGCACAAUGCCCACGAGGUGGGAUGGAUCUAACAUCAUUGUAGCAGACGCCGUCGCAAUUGCGGCCCCUUACCGCGUGGAUGACUGCCGGCCGUUGGUGGCAGGUGACACGGCCGCCCUUACCCGAGUGCGCAAGGUGCUCGAGAUGGAACGCAAGAAGAUCGAACUCCGAAAUGCCAGCGCCACAAUUGGCACAGCAAAUACCUUUGCCCGUAAGGGAAACGCCCCUCCGACUUCCGGACCUGGAGCCGCCGGACCAAGGAAGGGUGGCUGA